CAUCUAUCCACAGAUAUGUGGCGAACUCUAUCCGCCACUUCACAAGUAGCAGCUCCUGUACAUAACCUGUUUACCCCCAUUGUCUUUAGUGUUUACAUUUUCAAAGUGAGGCCCCAAAUGAUAUUCACUUUUAGCUUCGUGAUUCUACACACACUUGUAGCAAAGGUUUUUGAGGCUUUAAGAUCUAAAUCUCAGGGUGAGUGCAGAAUAAUCUAUUGCAGUGAAAAUUACAUUAUCGUGGAUAAAGAGCCUGAUUUAAAAAUCAAUAGCAACAACAAAAAUGAGAGAACACUGCAAACGUUUCUGAAAAGCAAAUGUCCAGCUGUGGCAAAGAAAAAACUCUUCCACGAAUAUUACUUUCCACAUCGUCUGGACUAUCCCACCAGUGGCAUUAUAUGCAUACCUAAAAAUGAAAAAGCAUGUAGAGCAGUCGCUAAAGCAUUCUCAGAGAGAGACACAAAGAAAUAUUAUAUUGCCAUCGUUCGUGGUAUAUUUUCUGCGGACUUGGUGGAUAUUAAUCUGCCGAUUGGUGAUGAUGCACGUGAAGUUGCCAUCCAUAAAAUGUGCACCGACAAUGUUGUUUUCUGUCGGAAUCCGAGAAAUGCACAAACUGUAAUAACCGUUCUAGAUGAAGGAAUUUUCGCAAAUUAUCCAGCAACAAAAAUAUUGUGUCGGAUUAUUACUGGCAGAAGACAUCAAAUACGAGUUCAUUGCUCGCAUUUAGGGCACACUAUUGUCGGAGAUUACACCUACAGCAAUAGGAAGGAUGUGCAACCACCUAGGAUGUAUUUGCAUUGUAUACGACUGAUUGUGCCCGUGACUAUUGAAAAAAUCGAUGUUUCUACAUCGGAUGCUUUCACUCAGGUGAAAUUCUGGACAAAGGAAAAAAUGGUGCAGGAUUUAUCUUCCGCGUAUAACACAAUAGAUCAGUACAUUAACUCUCUUUAACAAUCAAGUAAAUGUAUGUAAAUCUAUGUCAGUUUUAGUGGAACGGGAAGAUUGAUAAAAGUUAGGGUCGAUUUUUUUCACUGGUGAAUGCAAAAAUGUCUUGUUUUAUUUUUGGUGCGGAUCGUUUCUUUUGACCUGAUUUAUAUCAAUAAAAGCUUAAUAAUUUUCACAGGAA